AUGCUCGCACUAGAAAUAAGCAGUAAAUCUGUGGUUCUCUGGUCAGCAAGUUCUGGCAAUGAAGCCACUGCUGCUGGUGCAAAGAAUUCUGGGAUGUCUGACAGUGAAAUGGAUGGAAGGACCCACAUUCCUUCUCUACUUAAUGUCCUUUUGUCCAGAAAUCGGGUCAUGCAAAUGAGCUACUUGAAAAGUAAAGAACAAGGAUAUGGAAAACUAAGCAGUGAUGAAGACCUCGAAAUAAUUGUUGAUCAGAAGCAGGGAAAAGGCUCUAGGGCGGCAGAUAAGGCUGUUGCCAUGGUGAUGAAGGAGAUACCGAGGGAGGAAUCUGCUGAAGAAAAGCCCCUCCUUACUAUGACAUCACAGCUGGUGAAUGAGCAACAAGAAAGCAGACCCCUUCUGAGUCCCUCCAUCGAUGACUUCCUCUGUGAAACCAAAUCGGAGGCAAUAGCAAGACCAGUAACCUCCAACACAGCCGUACUGACCACUGGCUUAGAUCUCCUCGACCUGAGUGAACCCAUCUCUCAAACCCAAACCAAAGCUAAGAAGUUGGAGGCCUCAUCAAAAACCUCAUCCCUCAAGAAAAAAGCAGAUGGUUCUGACCUCAUCAGCACGGAGGCUGAGCAGAGAGGCCCGUCUCUCAGAGCGCCGGAGGCUUCGUCCUUAGAUUUAGAUAUUCAAACACAACUGGAAAAAUGGGAUGAUGUUAAGUUUCACGGAGAUCGAAAUACCAAAGGGCACCCAAUGGCAGAGAGAAAAUCAUGCUCAUCUAGGACUGGAUCAAAAGAGCUCUUAUGGUCCUCAGAGCACAGAUCUCAACCAGAACUGAGUGGUGGGAAAAGUGCCCUCAACUCUGAGUCGACUUCAGAGCUGGAAUUAGUGGCUCCAACACAGGCCCGGCUGACCAAAGAACAUCGCUGGGGAAGUGCAUUACUUUCUCGGAACCACUCCUUAGAAGAAGAAUUUGAAAGGGCAAAAGCAGCAGUGGAGUCAGAUACAGAGUUUUGGGAUAAGAUGCAAGCAGAAUGGGAAGAAAUGGCCCGGAGAAAUUGGAUAUCUGAAAACCAAGAAGCCCAGAACCAAAUUACAAUCUCAGCCAGUGAGAAGGGAUAUUACUUUCACACUGAAAACCCCUUUAAAGACUGGCCUGGAGCAUUUGAAGAAGGCUUAAAAAGGCUGAAGGAAGGGGACCUGCCAGUCACCAUCCUAUUCAUGGAGGCGGCAAUUCUUCAGGACCCUGGAGAUGCAGAGGCAUGGCAGUUCCUCGGCAUAACCCAGGCAGAGAAUGAAAAUGAACAAGCAGCCAUUGUCGCCCUCCAGAGGUGCUUAGAAUUACAGCCCAACAACUUGAAGGCUUUGAUGGCUUUGGCUGUGAGUUACACUAACACUGGCCAUCAGCAGGAUGCCUGUGAAGCUCUGAAGAGCUGGAUUAAGCAAAAUCCAAAGUACAAAUACCUUGUGAAGAGCAAGAAGGGAUCUCCAGGCCUCACCCGACGAAUGUCUAAGUCCCCAGUUGACAGCUCUGUUCUGGAAGGAGUGAAGGAAUUAUAUCUGGAAGCUGCACACCAAAAUGGAGAUAUGAUUGACCCAGACCUACAGACAGGUCUGGGAGUACUGUUCCACCUGAGUGGAGAAUUUAAUAGAGCAAUAGAUGCAUUUAACGCUGCCUUAACUGUUCGGCCAGAGGACUACUCCUUAUGGAACCGUCUCGGGGCGACCUUGGCAAAUGGAGACCGCAGUGAGGAAGCCGUGGAGGCCUACACUCGAGCACUGGAGAUUCAGCCUGGCUUCAUCCGCUCCAGAUACAACCUGGGCAUAAGCUGUAUCAACCUGGGCGCCUACAGAGAAGCGGUCAGCAAUUUUCUCACUGCCCUCAGUUUGCAAAGAAAGAGCAGGAAUCAACAGCAAGUUCCUCAUCCUGCAAUCUCUGGAAAUAUCUGGUCUGCCCUCAGAAUUGCACUGUCUCUGAUGGAUCAACCAGAACUCUUCCAGGCGGCUAAUCUCGGUGACCUGGAUGUCCUCCUUAGAGCUUUCAACUUGGAUCCUUAA